GCCUGGCCUGGAUCUGCCUCGCUGUAAACACGUUUCCUGAUGGCCAAACCCGACGAAAGCGUAAUAAUUUCCCGAUAAUCCGCAAAUUUCUUACUGGACGGAUCGGAAAUAAAUCGCUUGCAGAAGUCUAAUCAUGGCGAGCAAAUCUCUCGCAACCCAGCUGGGAUAACGCUGGGAUCCCAGCCCCUACUGGCUAGUGUCCAUCGCUUCUCGUAACUGGCACGGGAUCUGAUGAUUCAGUCAGGGUUAUCUGGUUGAUGACAUUUUGGUGGUGACGACCCCCUCAUGACAGAGUAUACAACCUCACCAGAGGCUGUCCAGGUCUUUAGAAACUCCCGUGAACGUACUGAGCACUGGGUCCGUUCUCACUCGCCAUUCCAUUCCCAGUUCUAUUCCCCCGAAAGUCCCCCAUCCGUCGUCAGUGAUAUAGAUAUCGACGACUCUACCUCAGACAACGGCAGCUCGCAUUCUUUGCCUCCGAAGAUGAUGUUGAAAUAUGGGGACGGACGCGACGUUCCUAUCUCACACUGGCACUAUGACAAUGGUGGCUCUCACAAAGGGAGCAGUCAUAGUUCCAGUUCACAUCCUCAUCCCCAUCCUCAACACAGCCAUCACCACCGUGCACAUGACCGUUCAAGGUCUGCUGCUGAUGUAUAUCCUGUACGGGGUCCUCGCCACCCCGAGCAUAGUACAGGGUAUCGUCACUCCUCAGCACGAAAUGCACAUCAUGCAGACCCUGAAGAUUUAGAACCUGAAGAAAUCCAAAUCCUUCCCUCUGACCCACACGCCACUCCCUACGACUCGAGAAACGAAAAAUAUCGGCCACGCAGAGCUUCAGAACCUUACCGGCCCGAACCCUUGCAAUCCCCGCCCCACAAAAACGCUGUAGAAAUCCUGGCCACACCCUUGCCACGACACGUUCCCAGCCAUCAUGGUAGUGCUGCUCCGCCAGUUACUUAUUCGCAUUCGCAACCUAUUCCUCGACAAUACGAGCAGCAUCAUCCUGCACAUUCGCAUUCGCGACAUCGGCCUCCGCCUUCGAUCGUUUAUGCACCCGGACCUCACCACGCUACCGAUCAUUAUGCUCCACCCACUAUUGUGUAUGCCCCAACUAAGGCACCAGGCAUGACGUAUACUGUGUCUGCGCCCACGGGUUCAGGGUUUCCACAGUACCCGCGUAUUACUCCUGCCCCAUACCCCGCUGCUCAUAGUCAUCUCGCGUCUAUUCAUGAAGAAGCACGGUAUGGGAUGAGAGGGCCCCUUUCACGGGAAGAUCGGUCUAGAGCGCCUUCUCCGAUAGGCGAGGGUGAUAGCUGCGAGUCGGGCAGCACCUAUUAUGUUAUACCCACCCCUGGCCAGAAGGUGAAGGUCUUGCCCGGCCCCGUGCCUUCCCUCUACACGGCCACGUCGACCACUAAAUCGCCAUCGUCUCCUCAAUCUGGCAGCAUGGGAUUCAAGAGACCGUUUUUCAGCCGGCUUUUUAGCUUUGCGUCUGAUCUAUCAAAAGUAUCCAGAGCCCCGAGGCUCUCCUCAAAGACCAAGCUACAACGACGCCAUUCUUUAGACACGUCCACGGGUGUUCAUAUACGACACCGGUCGUGACAUUUACGUAUGUUUCUGGGAUAAAGGUUUUUUUUUUCAUUGGCAUGCUUUACUGUUUUACGUUUGUCUUUGUUGAGACUUUGGAU